AGGGGGACACUGCUGCUCCUCUCUGCAGUCUGGGAGGGAGGGAGGGAGGGAGGAUGGAGCCUGUGGGUGUCACCCAUUUCUGGGGGUUAAAUACCACUUGCUGUGGAGCACAGUGACUGUUACAAGCUGCAGUUUGUUUGUAUAUUGAGUGUGUGCAUGAGAUAUGAGCUGUACAUUUUUAUAGAAAUAAAAGUAAUAAAGUCCUUAUGUUAAAAACUUUCGCCCUCAGGGGAUUGAGCCUUGGGCUGGGUUUCCAAGCCUGGUCCCUGCAGAGAUGAACACCUGUGACUGAGCACUGUGGAAAGCAUUCCUGCAUCACCAAGAGAUGGCACAGCUGGCACAGCUGGAUGUGGCCAGGCUAUUGCUCCAUCUGCUUUAGGGUUUGAUCUUGCAGAUGUUUGCAGGAAAUAUAUUUACUCACAGGGAUUUGUGUCUCCCAUCUUAUAAAAGGCAAUAAAGAAAACUGGACUUUGGCAUUGUUUAAGCAAAGCUAAGGUCCAACAGUAGCUCAGAGACAGCAAACAUUGUUCUGUAAGGAGGCAAGAGGGCAAGGGCUGAGACAGGAGCUCUCCCACCCCAGCCAGGGCUUGGGCUGCCCUUGUGUGCUGCUCUGGUGCUGGAGAGCUGGGAGGAGCAGCUCAAUUAAAGAGUCAGUUCUCAGGGUUUGCCUGGAGUGGGGAGCUGGCAGGAGCAAGAGGGAUGAGCACCUUCCCUACAUUUCAGGAACUCUCAUCCCAACCAUCUCUCAGCCCCGUGCCCUUCCAGGUAGACACAGAAGUCAAUGAAAGUUUCCUGCAGCUGAGUCACCAGGCCAGGAAGGUCACUUGGGGAUAAUGGAACUCUAAAAAAUGAAAGCACUUUUGUUUUUUUAAUUUCAUUUCUCCUCUCCUGUGGAGAGAGCAAGAGGAAGGAAGGGGGCGAUGCAAUCCAGGCAAGCCUGACGGGAUGAAUCAUUUCCAGUCAUUUCCCCCAGGCAGAGCUGGCCCCAGCAGGGCUCUUGGGGCUGCUCCUCUGGAGAUUUUGGCUGCCCCUGAGCACACACUCCCUGGCUUUGCUGGUGUUGGUGUGUGGCUGUGCAGGGAAGGGCCUUGUGCCAAGGUGUCCCUUCCCCUGGAGCUCCAUGGGGGCCUCAGGGGUGGAGGUUGCUCCAGGGGAUAACCAAUGCCACGUCUGCUCUGCUCAGGGGGAUGAGAGGUGCAUGUCCUGCCUUGAUGCUUCCCCACAGCCCCCAGGAGAUGGGGGGUCCAUGCUCAUGAAGGGCUCUCUCAGCCCUUACUAACCCUCGUGUUUCAUUUCCAGCUCCACAGCAUCUCCACCAUGUCAUAGCAUCUGUUUAGAUUGACCUUGUGAGAAGUCGUCCCUGGGGCUCCUCGCAGGCUGACUGUCCCCACAGGAUCCAUCACAGGUCAGGCCUUGAGGGCACUAAUUGGCCAUCGUCAUCCUGACCAGCCUCAUCUGUGGGUGGGUUCACCCCCACAACACCUCCCAAUCCUCUGCCCAAGCCUCAGGAGUCCCAUCUAACUCAGGUUUGAGCUCUGCUGUGCUGUGAGUGUUGCUCUGAUGUCCUGGCUCUGAUCAGCCCCUUGCACAGCCCUUGGGGCUCUGCUGGGGGUACCUUGGCUGGAUGGAGCUCUGUCCCUGUCCCCAUCUCCUGUUACUGCUGAGAAGAUUCCCCCAACUUUCCCAAAUGGAUUCUGGGUUUGGUUCCUGACCUUGGUGUGCCUGGGGCACUGCUGGAGGCUCUGGGCCCUGUGCUCAGACCCUGGGGGCUGUCACCUGCCUGUGCUGGGGCCACCCUUGGCUGCUGGCUUGUCCCUCCCUGUGCUCCCUGCAGCUGCACCUGCCAGGGACACAUCUCUGUCAUUGUCUCCUGCAAGCUCUGACUGUUCCCAGGGCAGUGUGAGGUGAAGAAGAGGAGGUGCUGCCUCCAUCCUCAGUGCUUUGGGCUGGGACUGAUCACAGGCCUCAGCGUGGUUUCUUUCCUGUGAAAUGUUGCACAAGAGCUCUCGUGCGGCCCCUGGAGCCACCAGCACCUUCACCCUGCUGGCUCAGCAAGGCAGGACAAACAGGGUGAACAGCCACGGCCCUGCUGGGCUUUGUGUUUGCUUGAUCCCCCUUUUUAUGAGAAUUGUGUCCCUGCUGUGUCCCUGCAAGGGCUGCUCUUGUUGCUGGAGUCCCCCUGGGUAUCACAGAGGUUGUUGGGACCUCUUUGGUGACUGUCACAGGUGAUGGAGGAAGGUUCAUUUCUUGAGCCUUCAGAAUUCACCCUGGAAUUCUGCCACAAACCAAAUCAUUUAAAAAAGAAGGCAGAUAUAAGUGAGGUCACCCUCCAAGGAGGGAUGAGAUGUCACCUUGCUGACUCUGACCGUAACCCCACAUAAACACAUUUUCAUUACAACAUCUAGGUCCCUUAACAUGUCUUGUUCAUCACAUUCAUUAACUGCAUUUAUUUUUCUGAUUGCUGGUGUUUUAUUCUAAUCAAACACUAAGGAGCAGAUAAAUUCAUAACUUAUUCUAGUGCCAUCUUGAAAUUAUCAGGGCUAACUCUGUUCAGAAUUAAAUCACUAAAAAUUUGACUGGAAUUGCUUCCAUGCCCUAUUUUAUUCUGUUAUCUCAGCUUUGCUUUAAAAGCUGAGCUGAAGCAUCUGUGUGCUGCUUGCCUAAACUCUAGGAGCUUUGAAAGGAGCUGAAGUUCUCAUUAAGCUUCAUUUCCCCUGAUUGCUACUCCAUACAGAAGCCUCUCCAGUGCAGAGUCUCCCUCACACUCUUCACUUAACCCUGAGGUAGUUGAUUGACCUCAUUGGAUAGAAAUGGAAAAAUAUCUCAAUUUUAGUGCAUUUGGGGAAGCUGACAUCAGAUCUAUUAUCUCAUCUUCCUUAGCCAGAUAAGGCCACUUCCAGUUUCUGCUGCAGGUGCAUUGACCCCUGCCUGUUCCUGGCUGUGUUUGUGAGGAUUUCCUGCAUGCCCACAGUGAAUUUCUGCUCUGUCCCUGUGCCUGUGGAGGAGCUUGCCCAGUGAGUUAGUGCAGGCAGAGCCUGGGGAAGGGCUCCUGGAGGGCACAGAGCUUUUCUGAAGCUCUGUCUCUUGACUCCAGGCAGAGCUUCCUGCACAGGAAGAUUUCAGAUCAACAACUCACAGCACUUGGUGCUCCCCAGUGUCUGACUGUAGGAAGCAGACUUUGGAAGAGAUUGUUAUUUUUCUUAUUUUAGAGUGUCUUUCCAGGCUGUAGGAGUUGCCAGGGCUGUUCCUGGAACCACAGGGAUUUUGGAAAGGAAGCAGAGAAUUUGGUUUGUGAUUGUGUCCUGAGUCUAUCAGGGCUUCCCCAUGCAGAGCCUGGAGGGAGCACCCCAAAGGAAUGGGAAGGAGCUUUGCAGACAGAAAGGGAUUAAAGAAGCCAGACAAGGAUGUCUCAUCUUGUAAAUGGGAAAAUCCAAAGUGACUGAGAAGAACAGAAGAAAGCAGGAAAAACUUAUUCCAAAGCCUCCCACUGCCUCCUUGGGGACAAGGUUCAGGCCCUGGGUGAUGCCCCUUGCUCCUGCCUUGCCCAGCUGCUCUUGCAGGGCCUCCUCAAGUGCAGGAUGUCUGUGGUUGUUUUCAACCACCCACUGAGACCCCAAACCCAGCUUGGGGCUGCUCUGCCCAACUCCUCUGUCCCCUCACUAGCAAAGGCUGCAUCUGAUGUGUCCCCUCAGCCUCCCUCCUCCUGCAGAAAAACAAUCUUCUGUUUAUUUUUUUUGUAAACAAGCACAUUCCUCAGAGUCUGUUUAAGUGAAAGAAAAACUUGGGCUGGCAGAGGCCUUUCCAACACUUAACAAGGAAUGCCUACACAUCAGCCUUUCCCUUUCCAAAGUGAAAAGAAGAAACAUCAAAAGUUCUCCAGGGAGUUGUGAAUCAUCUGAUUUCCACAGACAUGGCUUCAAAUCCUGAGAAAAGGGAAGCACAGCAUCCUAGACCAGGUCUUUGGCCAGAAGAAGAAACACAGCUCUGCAGGAGCUCCUGAAGGUCCAUGCAGAGCUGUGGAUCUUGAGCCUCCAUUGGCAGGAAAUGUGUCUGAUGAAGCUGAGCAUGGCCAGAGCUGUUCUCAGCACUGGGUGGUUUUUCCCCCAAAUAUUUCAAAAUGCAUCCAGGCAUGACAGUCCCAGGCACAAUGUCCUGCUCCAGAGAGUGGCUGGGGGUGUCAGUGUGAAGAAGGGCUUGAGGUGGCCCCUUGGGUAGUUCUCAGGGAGUGAGGGAGGACUGUGGUGCCAGGGGAUCUGCAUGGGAUCCCCCUCCUCCCUGCACUCACCUGGAGUCUGGGUAAACAGAGGGAAAGGUGAAAAAAGCUGAGCAUGAGCUGAGCAUGACUGGCAAGGACCUGCAGAGGAGCUCCUUGGACCUUCAGAAGCUCUGAAGAAAGGGGAGCCCAGCACAAGGGGGGAGAGCUGUCCCCAGGUUAACACAGAGGGGCUGGCCCCUUUCACAGCUCCCUGCAGAGUCUGGGAUGCCUCAAGGCUGUGGAGGGAGGAAGAUGAUGGAAACACACUCAGAACCUUUGAACAGUAAGUGUUCCAUCCAUUCCCCUCAGCCUGGUUGCUGACUCCUGCCCUGCCCUGAAGCUGGGGCUAAGCCAGCCCUGUCCACAAGGAAAGGCUUAGCUACACCCCCUUCUCUUAUAAACAGUGAUUUUUGGUGGAAAACUUGGGUUCUUCUCCAUAGUACCAACAUGGAAUGUGACACAAUUUCUGCCAGUAUUUGCCAACUCGUCCCUUUCAGGCCACAGAGGGCUGGUGGCAGCAGUCACUGUGCUCUGUUUAAUGCUUUCCAGGAUUCACAAGCCAUCCAGGCAUCUCCAGCACAUUUGUGUUGGCUCUGGGCUGAGUGACCUUGCAUGGAACACCAAGCUUUGCAUUUCCCAUGGCUAUGAAUCCCCUCUCUGAAGGCCCAGGAGCUCUUGAGUGUACAUCUGCAGGGGAGGAUUUCACUUCCCUCAUGACUUUCCCUGUGUGGGUGAAAACAGAAGCUGACACAAUCUAUUUAGCCUUCCAGGUAUUGUCUGUCUGCAAUCCCAAUGACCCCAUGUGACAUGGAAAUCCCCAGGGGCAAAGAAGGUGCAGGCUUUUCCUUUAAUUGGGUCGAAGUCUAUGGAAAAGAGAGAACUUGGAAAAGGGAAGGAGUAGAGAGGAUAAAUUGCAGCAGCUCCUUGCCUGAGCUCAGAGUUGAGCUCUCCCAAGGAGGCAGAGCAGCAUCCUGCAAGGAAGAGCCCUCCCAGAGCCACCAUGCUCACUGCAAGGACAGUCCUGCUGCUGGCUGGGCUCGUCACCCUCUUGCCAUGCUCCCAUGCAGCCCCCUACACCCCAGCUGAGUGCUGCUUCGACUACGUCAAGGGCGUCCUGAGGCUGGACAUCCUCCUGGACUUCAACUCCACUACCAGGGAAUGUUAUUUCCCAGCAAUUGUGUUUGAGACCAAGAAAGGAGUCAAGGUCUGUGCAAACCCUGAGGAGAAGUGGGUUAAGAGAGCAGUUAAAGUGCUUCAAAAGAAGAAAGUUCGUGCUCCGUGAUGUGGAUUGGGUGCCCUGGUUCAGGCUCCCCAACAUCUGCUGGGAAGGAAGAUUUGCAUCCCCUCUCAGAAGGGGUUCAGGAUGUUCAGAUCCUGGGAAA